UUCACAUGCUAGAAUUCAUGCUCACUGUGGAAAUCAUGUUUUUUUGCGUUUAUGAGUUUUUUUCCAUUGCAGGUUAUUAUGUUCACCAUGCUGCGGCUGACGGCCACGGCGCCACAGUACCUCUACUCGGCUCCCGCGCCUCCCCAGGCUGCUCCUGUUAGGGUCCAGACUGCCUUUCCUGCAUCUCCCUCCACGGCCAGGGCAGAAACCGUGCGGCCACCCUUCGCUCCUGUCAUCCCACAUGCCCAGCCUGCUGCCGCCCUGCUCCAAGCACUCUCCACAACCACCCCACACACUGCUUCCCACGCCCUGGCCCAGGCCACCCCCUCCCCUGUCGUUAUUGCCUUGCCGGAUGUAAGCGCAAUCGUGGCACGAGCCUCCCAAGCACAAUCAUCCCCUGCUCUUGUCAAACAGCCAGUCUCUGCCCUUGCCACACACUCCGCCCUUGCCCCCGUCACAAUAUCAGGCUCAUCUUUAGUUAGACACUCAUCCCCUGCCCCUACCCCAAGUUCAGACCCAGCCUCUGCCAUACAGAUUGCUCCUGCUCCUACCACACACUCAGGUCCUGCCACAGCCCUUGCCACACACCCAGUGCCUGCCGCUGUCCGUGCCACACCUUCAGAUCCUGCCGCUGUCCUUGCCGCUUCCACUGCUCCUGCCACACACUCAGCCCCUGCCGCUGCCCCUGCCACCCACUUAGCACUUGCUACACAUUCAGCCCUAGUCUCAGUCCUUGCCACUGCCCCUGCCACACACUCAGCCCCUGACGCUGCCCCUGCCACUGCCCCUGUCACAUAUUCAGCCCUAGUCUCAGCCCCUGCCGCUGCCCCUGCCCCUACCACCCACUUAGCCCCUGCCACACAUUCAGUCUUAGUCUCAGCCCCUGUCCCUGCCCCUCCCACACACUUAGUCCCUGCCGCUGCCCCUUCCACACACUCAGCCCCUGCCGUUGCCCCUGCCACAGUCUUUGCCCUUGCCACUGCCCCUGCUACACACUCAGCCCCUACCGCUGCCCCUGCCACCCACUUGGCCUCUGUCGCACAAUCAGUCCUAGUCUCAGCCCCUGUCACACGAUUUGCCCCUGCCACUGCCCCUGCUACACCCUUAGACUCUGCCAUACAAUCAGCACCUACCGCUGCCCUUGUCCCUCACUUAGCCCCUGCCAUUGACCUUGCCACACGCUCAGGUCCAAUCGCUGACCCUGCUGAUGCACCUGCCCAUGCCACCCUGUCAGGCUCUGCCAACGGCCAUGCUACACACUCAGCUCUUGGCCACGCCCCAUUGUCUGCCCCUGUUACCCACUCAACCCCUACCGCUUUGCCAGUCAUUGCCCCUGUCUCUCCUAAACACUCGUCCCCUACCACUACAACACAUAUGGUCCAUGCUACACACCCAGCCCCUGUUCAUGACCCUGCCACACACCUAACACAAGCCUCUGCCAUAUUAUCAGUUCCCAUUCCUGCCAUUGCCGCACGUUCCUUCCCUGCCCCUGCCACACAUUCAUUCCCUAUACCUACUACACACACCUUUCCUUUUCCUGCCGCACACUCAUCCCCUGCCCCUACUCAUGUCUCUGCCACACACUCCGCCUCCGCCCCAGCACACGUCCCCAUCCUGGUCGACGAGCGGACACACGUGGCGGCGGGGAACCUGACGACGUUCUCGCACCACGUUGUAGGAGGUGACGGCGCGCGGGUGAGCGCGGCGGGGAGCGGCGGCUCCUUCACCCCUCUGUCCGUCGUCGGAAACUACUCCUACCCUACGGACGAUGGCAGACUCUUUCAGCUCCGCUACACGGCGGGCGUCGGCGGAUUCCAGCCAGUAUACUCAUUUGCUCCGUUCCCCUACCGCACCCCAACGGGUGCCAGAGGAGUGCCCCGUGCCAGCAGCGUGUCCCCUGUCAUCUAAAGCUUUCUCUCACUCCUGCACGGCGCCGGUUUUCUUCUUCAUCCCUUGGUAGACUACUGUAAUCCCAUCGCCGCUGACAUCCGGGUCACCAGGGUGGGCUGCAAAUCGUGCUCCAUGGACUGACACGCUGAGUGGCGAGGCGACGAUACACUCUUGGAUUCAGAAUGAGAGCCAGUUUCAUAUGGAACCUUUCGUGUAGGCACUGUUGUGAGCGUUCUGUAUUGUGGUGUUAGUGAAUAGAUGGUGGUAAUUACCAGCUAUAGCCUGUCUCGCAGCGGCACCUCGCCCAUUACAUUUCAUCUUGAUGCUGAUAACUAACACAGGUCCGGUGUUGACAAAAAAAAUCUGUAAGGAUUGUAAUUUGUAUUUGA